CUUUCGGAAACUCAAAUUCAAAAUUCAAACAAAAUCAACAGCAACCGAAAAUUAGUUAGAAUCCCAGCUCCGAUUCCUCCUCUAGGGGCAGACAAAAUGAAUCUCUGUAAAUGGCUGUGGCGGCUGUGCGUGAAUUUCUUCUACUACAAUUAUCCGUGCAUUGCCAUCUACAGCAGUGUGGGUGCCGUGAUGACGGCCUAUCUGCACUACCAACUGCGUAUGCACAGCCUCGAUCUGAUGUACUGGAAGCAAUUGGCGGAGUCCUUUGCUCAGGAGGUCGAUCGCUUUCAGCUGUCGAUGCUCUUUGUGAUAUUCCUGAUCAAUUCCGUGUUCGUGUUCGUCCUGAUGAGCGUCUACCUGCGCCCUGGCUGGGGCCAUGGCGUGGAUGGUGAGUUGACGCUGCUGCAGAUCAAGGAUCGCUAUGCCCGCUACAUUCUGCUGCGGCUGAUUGCCCGCUUGGACCGCAUUCAGAGCCGACUGGCAGCGCGGCGGGAUUGCCUCUGCCUGCAGCACUAUGUGCGCGCCCACUGCAGCAUGCGCAAGGCGGUGGCCCUCUUCCGCAAGGACGCCCGCAAGCUCAUCCGGCCCAACGAGUCGGAGAUCAUGCUGCCCGUCGAGGCCAUCUACCACGUGGAGGAGGAGGACGAGCGACACCUGCGGCGCGCGGGCUACUACAGGCUGAGCAUCGACACCUCCGACGAGAUGGUCAAGGGAUUGCUGAACGCCAUUUAAAAGCGCUUCGAUUAAAAGCGAUUUCGACUUAAA